GUGAAGCCGAAGCCGUCCAAGGAGCUGAAACCCAUGAUCGGUGCAAUAGUCGUGGGGCUCAUCCUACUCAUCGCGGCGGUGGUGGCCUGGUGCUAUUACACGGCGUCACUGAGGAAGGCGGAGCGGCUCAAGACGGAGCUGAUGGACCUGCGGAAGGAUGGGUUCGUCAUCAAAAACCAGCAUGGAGAGGUGGUCUUCAGACUGGCCUUCCAGUCGGGCAGCCUCGACCUGGAGUCCUGCUCGAAAGAAGGGGAGAUUUUAACCUGCACCAGGUCGGACAAAGGGAAGCUGAAUUUCUUCAUUCAGACGGUCAAGCCCAAGGACACGGUGAUGUGCUACCGUGUCCGCUGGGAGGAGUUUGUGGCGGACACGGCGGUGGAGCACACCAUGUUCUGGGAGGACGCUCACUGGUACGGGGGCUGCGAAAUGAGCGUCCAGCACUGGCCAAUUAGGCUCCCCGGGUACCAGGAGCCCACGCCCUUUGUGACGAGCGACGUGUAUUCCUUCAGGGACAGCUUUGGAGGCAUCUUGGAGAGGUACUGGCUGUCCUCGAAAGCAGCGGCCAUCAAGAUCAACGACUCGGUGCCCUUCCACCUGGGGUUCAACGCCAGCGAGCGGUCGCUCUUCUUUCAGGCCAGGUAUAAGGAUUCUCCCUACAAACCUCCCUUGGGCCAGCAGCCUUUCCCGGAGCUGAGCUACCGCGUCUGCGUCGGCUCGGACGUGACUUCCAUUCACAAAUACAUGGUGCGGAGGUACUUUAACAAGCCUUCCAAGAUCCCGUCGGAAAUCGCCUUCCGCUAUCCCAUCUGGUCCACGUGGGCGCUCUACAAAAACGAUAUUGACCAGGAUAAGCUGUUGCGUUUUGCAGAAAAGAUUAAAAAGUACCGGUUUAAUUGCAGCCACAUUGAAAUCGACGACACCUACACACAGACUUACGGAGACUUCGACUUUGACCCAGUCAAAUUCCCUAAUGUGACUGAAAUGUUCAAGACGCUGAAAAAAGAGGGAUUUAAAGUUACCCUGUGGACGCAUCCCUUUAUAAACUACAAUUCCUCCAAUUUUGGCGUGGGAAUAGAGCGGCAGCUCUUCAUCAAGGAGCCGACGGGGAAACUGCCCGCCAUGGUGAAGUGGUGGAACGGCAUUGGGGCCAUCUUGGAUUUUACCAAUCCCGCGGCCAGGGAGUGGUUUCAGAGCCAGCUGAAACAGCUGCGGUCCAAGUACGGCAUCGCGUCCUUUAAGUUUGACGCCGGGGAGGUCAGCUACCUCCCGAAGCAGUUCAGCACCUUCCGGCCCUUGUUGGACCCCAACAUCUGGUCCAGACGGUACACGGAAAUGGCCGUUCCGUUCUAUGAGCUCGCCGAAGUGCGGGUUGGCUACCAGUCCCAAAACAUCUCGUGCUUCUUCCGCAUCAUCGACCGGGACUCUGUUUGGGGAUAUGAGCUUGGCCUCAAGUCUCUGAUCCCUACCGUGCUCACCAUUAGCAUGCUGGGAUACCCU